AUGCGUCUCACAGCCGUCGUCACAGCGCUGGCGGCACUCAGCCUCGACCUCGUCGCAGCCGCAGCCGCAGCCGACGCGGACGUCUUCUCGUCGCAACAUCUCUACGACUGGGGCUGGUACGGCCUGUUCCCCUACACCAACUUCAAGUCGUACGCCAAAGGCGGCAUUCCCCGCGUCAACUUCCUCAGCUGGGACGAGCGAUGCAUGAAUGGGUACUACCUCUACACGCCCAAGGGACGCGCCGUCCCCAAAGACCAGGCUGGUCCGCGAAUCAUGGAUGGGAAGGGCAAUCUCGUCUGGUCCGGUGUCGAGGACUUUGGACAGGCGGCCGACCUCCAGGUGCAGGAGUACAAGGGCAAAAAGUACCUCACCUUCUGGAAGGACACGGAGGGCAUCAGCAUGGGCUGGGGGCGCGGCAUUCACUACAUGUUGGACGAGAAUUACCAGGUGUACAAGACGUUCCGCCCCGUCGGCGAGGGCAUGAUGAGCGACCUGCAUGAGUUCCACAUCACAGAGGAGGGCACCGUCCUGCUGACCGCGUACGCGCCCCUCACCUGGGACCUCAGCCCCAUUGGCGGGCCGCAGGAGGGCUGGAUCAUGGACAGCUGGUUCCAGGAGAUCGACAUUGAGACAGGCAAGCUACUCUUUGAGUGGCGGGCCAGCGAGAAUGUGCCUCUGGAGGACACGGUCCGCUACUUUGCCGGUCGCGACGACGGGUUGACCCCUGAGAGGGGCUUCGACUACUUCCACAUCAACAGCAUGGACAAGGAUAAGAGCGGAAACUACAUUGUCUCGGGUCGCCACACACAUUCGAUUCACGGCGUGUCGCCCGACGGCCAGCUGCUCUGGACGCUCGGUGGCAAGGCCAACCAGUUUGAGGACCUCUCGGGUGGCAAAGCCAUUGACUUUGCGUACCAGCAUCACAUUCGCAUCGACGACAAUGACGUGAUCACCAUGUUUGACAAUGCAAAGGCCGAGCGCGCCGGCCCUGCACUCAAGUACGACUUCUCCCGUGGUCUUGUGAUCCAGCUCGAUCAGGAGAAGCGCACCGCCAAGUUCCUGCACGAGGUCUUCGACCCUGCGCAUCGCAAGUACGCCGACUCCCAGGGCUCAGCGCAGCUGUGGGACGGCGGAAAGUCCAUGCUGGUCGAUUAUGGCUUCUUCCCCUCCUUCACCGAGUUUGACACGGACACGAGCGAGGUCCUCUGCGACAUGCGGUUUGGGCCCUCCCUCAUGUUCCCCAUUGGGUCCGUCAACAGCUAUCGCGCUUCCAAGGGCAACUGGGUCGGGAAACCGCUCAAGAGACCGCACAGUCUCUACAAUCCGGCCGAGGGUAUCUUGUACGUGAGCUGGAACGGCGACACGGAGACGGACAAGUGGGUUCUGCAAGGCGCAGACCACAGCACGGCCGAUAGCGGUCCGUGGACAGACAUCAAGGAGAUGCGCAAGGACGGCAAGUUUGAGGUCAGCUUUGCCAUUGACGCGAGCAUGCCCCCCUGGCUGCGCGUCGCGGCCGUCAGCAAGGACGGCGAGACGCUCUACCACUCGCAGAAGCUGAGUCGCGAGCUCGGCAACGUGCCACUCCCCGACGUUCUAGGCAAUGUUCUCCAUGCCAUGCGGUGGAUCUAUACCCUUGUCGUCACCUGCCUUGCCCUCUAUGCCUGGGACUCGACGCGUCGCUGGCGAUCGACCCUUGCGCGCGUCGCGGGCAAGACGUGGCAGGUUGUGAAGCCAAAGCUGCGUCGGAUCUUCUUUUGGUGGCUGCCACGCAGUGUGCGCGUGCCGACGUGGAUGCGCGGCGGGCUUUGGAAAGCAAAGGGGAAACCACACGAGAUGCAACCGCUGUACGACGCGGACGAAGAGCAGCGUGUAUGA